AUGAGUUUACAAUCCAAGUCACACAUUCUGUGUGGGAAGUUUAUCAGUCGGGUUUAUCUUAAAAAGGUUGAGAAAAAAUAUGGAAAAUUUUGUUGUACCUUUUAUCAUAAUGGUUGUAACAAAGAUGGGAGUAAGAAGCAGAUAAAGAUAAAUAAUGUAUCUCUAAAUUUGAACAGUUUAAAAAAGAAAAAUGAGUUUGACAAAAAAGAGUUUGACGAAAAAGAGUUUAAUAUAGACGAUUUAUAUAAAUAUAAGUUGAAGAACAAAAAAAUAGAUUUUGAUUUUUUAAAUAAAAUGAUAAAUUACAUUUUAAUGGAUAAAAAUGAUCAUAAAUUAAAUGUAGAAAAUUUGUUAUUAUUAUUAGUUGUGUUUAAUAAAAGUUUUAUAAAUUAUAAAGACAAGUUUGAAAAUGGAUUUGAUUUAAAAGUUUGUGCAUAUAUUAUGUCUAAAAUCAAAUUAAAAUUACAUUAUUUAUAUACUAGUAAAAUGUUAAUCUAUACAUUAAAUAUAUUAACAAAUUUAAAACUAAUUGAUAAUGAUAUAUUAAAAUCCUUUACAAAUAAAUGUGACUACUUCAUAAAAAAUGAAGAAUAUGAAAUAUAUGAUCUUGUUGCUUUUUUGAGAAUAUUUAGUGAAAUAUAUAUUUUAAAUAAGGAUAGCAAUUCUAUACAUUUUCAAAACUUCAAUUGGCUAUUAAUUAAAACUAUAUGUGAUAAGCUAACAUAUAAUUUCGAUUUUUUAUUUUUGCCUUAUAAAGAUAAUACCUUUUCAUUUAAGUUGCGUAAAAAGCUGGCUCAGCAAAUUGGGCAAAUAGUUAGUAGCAACGAUUCCAAUUUAAAAUGCGAUGGUAGCAACGGUGCCACCACUAACGAGUCAAAGACAACCAUUUUAGAUACACUCUUAUCAAUCAGUAAAAGUUUGAAAAAUUUAAAUUAUUCUCAUAUACCAUUAUCAAAUGAAAUUUCAAAUACACUAAAAAUACAUUUUUUUAAUAAUAAUAAAUUAAUAAAUAUAAAUGAAGAUCCUAUUUCUUUAAAUAAAGUAUUUUAUAUUAUGAAUUGUUUUUUAUUUUUGCAAUUAGAUUAUCAUAUGUUUUAUAAAUAUAUACUAAAUAAUUUUAAUGAAUUUUUAAAAAAAUAUAAAAAUUUAUUACUUCUUUUUUUUUUACUUUCAAAAAACAAUUUGUAUCCCUCAAAAGUUAUUCAUAUAUUUGACUCAACAUUUUUGCAAAAUCUAAAAGAAAAAAAAUAUAAUUCACAAAAUCUUAUAAUCCUACUAGAAACAUAUGCCUCCCACAAAUAUAGAAAUGCUAUCCUAAUUCAACAAGUUUUAAAUUAUUGGAAUCUCAGUCCUAUUAAUAAUGAAACGAAUGGCACACACAUAAAUGAUCCCUCCUUAGAUGCUUCUUAUUCUAACAAGGAUGAAAAAACAUUAAUAAAUAGUGACACUACAUCAUCUCUAAACUAUGGAGAGGCAACUAUGGAUAGUAGUAUUAGUGUAGAUAAAUUCAAUGUAACUAAUAAUAAAAGUUUGUAUAAUUCUCUCCCUAUUCUAGAUAAAAUUAAAAUUUUUUACAGUUUAUUUCAUUUAGAUAUUUAUGAAGACAAACUAUUAUUUGAUAUAACGACCCAACUAGAUAACCCCGAAUUAAUACAUAGUAUUCCUUAUAAAUUUUUAAUAAAACUAUUAUUAAGCUUUUGUUAUUUUUCAUUUGAAAAUAUAAAUAUAUAUAAUGUAAUAAUAAAAAACUUAAUAAAAUAUGAUAUACUAGUAGAUAAUAUAUAUUUAAAUCAGUUGAAAAUCAUAGAGCUCUCUUUACGAACACACCAUGUCCCAAAUAUUUACAAUAAACUAGACAAUGAAUGUUAUGAGUAUAUGAAUUAUAUAAAAAAUAAAGAAAAGGAAAUAGAAUAUAAUAUCAAAUCCGAUUUACAAAAAGAUGUUAAAAAUAUUUUACUUACAUUUAAUUUAACUCCAUUAGAAGAAGUUUCAAUAGGCCCAUAUAAUGUCGAUUUUGUUGAACAAGAUCAAACAUUUCAAAAUAUUUAUAAAAAUGAAAUACUCUAUCAAAACCAACAAAACAAUUACAAUAAAGUCAUAUCAUCAAAUAAAAAAUUAAAUGAACAUAGUGGGAAAGUUAUUAUUGAAGUUAAUGGAGAACAUCAUUUUUAUAAAAAUACAAAAUCAUAUACUUCUUUAUCAAAAUUAAAACAUAAAUUAUUAAGUGACCUUGGAUAUAUUGUUAUUAAUAUUCCUUACUUUGAUUGGGCUAUAUUAAAAACAAAUCUAAAUAAAAAAUCGUAUAUAAAAAAAAUUAUAAAUGAUAAAUCUAAUAUAGAUAUGAUUUCAAUACUACCUCAUAAUCAACAAACUUUUUUUUUAAAAACUGAUGAGUUAAAAAAUAUUAAAAAGGCAAUUCAUUCUGGUGAUGCUAAAUCACAGUUUAUUAAUAGCAUUGCCGAGUUUAGGAAAAAAAAUAAAUUAAAAUUUUUAAAAAAAAAAAUUAAAGAGAUAUAG